GUCCAAUACUUCGUCCUUCUUUACCACUUCCACGGCAAAGGCCUUUGUUCAUACAGAAGCUCGUUUGAGUCUCCAAUCAAUUCCCAGUAUUGGGAAUCUCAGUGACCCUUCGGUACCACGAGAUCGGAGGGGCAGCCUGGGGGUUGGCACAGGGCUGAAAGCCAGAAAGCAGGGGCUGUAUGCAAGCUGUCGGCUUCCUAUUGUCAGGAUCCAAGGGUGCUGGCCCAGCUGAAUGGGAACAAUUUACACAUGUGUUUGCCUUUUCUAAUUGCGUAAGACACUUUCCACGACAGGACUCGGCAUGUGUUCCCUUGCACCAAGGCGUUGACAUCUCCUGAUCUCACCAAAGAUCCAAGCAGUAAGUCUUUCUCAGCCUUAUUAUCUCCUCGGAAUGUUCCCAUUGGACAAGACCCAGCACCGCCGAAUAUGUUUCUUCGUCUUGAUUUCGCAAAAUUUCAAGCCUUCUUCCUUCCUACACUCCCCAAAUUGCGUGUUUUGAAACAGCCUCGAUGGUGAAUAGCUGGCCUUGACAAUGCUAUUGGCACUGCAUAGUGUUGUCUUGCACUUUGCUUUCACAGUGUCGCUUCUGGAGCUCACACUACCAGUCUGUGAAGGGAGAAUCUUUGCAGACCGACUCAGUGCAAGGGCAACUCUCCCCGCACCAAUCUCAGUUCUGCCUUCGCAGGAAUGGGAAGGAAAUGAUGGACCGUGGUCAACAUUUACUCUCCAGAUUGGAACACCUCCUCAAAAUGUCAAAGUUCUUGUCUCCACUGCAUCCACACAAACUUGGGCCGUGGCAACCGAAGGAUGCGGAGCUGGAGAUAUCACAGAGUGUCCCAAACUACGUGGGGGUCAGUACAAUUAUACGGCAUCAUCAACAUGGGUUUCAAAUCUUGCCAAUGUCUCGAACAAUAUUUACGGACUGGGACUGGAGUCUGCUUUGGGAUUAACAGGAAACGGCCGAUACGGAUUCGACGACAUUACAUUAGGAUUUCAAGGGAGUGGCGGGCCAACUCUGAAGAACCAAACGAUCGCUGGAAUUGCUGCAAAGGACUUUUUCAUGGGACUAUUUGGGUUGACGGCUAGACCGAGUAACUUCACGAGUUUCGACAAUCCAGUUCCGAGCUACAUGGAGAACUUGAGGAAUCAAUCAAUGAUACCGAGUUUAUCCUGGGGAUACACCGCUGGUAAUCAGUAUCGAUUGAACGACGUUCUUGGGAGUCUGACUUUAGGCGGUUAUGACAGCUCCAAGUUUUCACCCAAUAAUCUCACAUUCGACUUCCCCACAAACGACGAUCCAGAUCUUACCGUGAAGCUCGAAGCGAUAACCACCAGCUCCAGCAUCUCACUCCUCCCAUCAUCCAUCAAUACAGUUCUCGACUCAACAGUGUCCCAUAUCUGGCUCCCAACCAGCGCAUGCACACUUUUCGAGAACGCAUUCGGCAUAACCUGGAACGAAACUGCCCAGCUCUAUUUCGUCCCCGAAACCCAACACACCCUGCUACAAGCGCAAAAUCCGAGCGUAACUUUCACACUCCGCCGUCCGGAUACAGUUUCGUCGGCGACUGAGCGCGUCAACAUCACACUGCCAUACGGCGCUUUCGACUUGACAGCUUCCUGGCCCCUAGUGGAAAACAACACCCGCUACUUCCCUCUCAAACGCGCAAAUGACUCUUCGCAAUAUAUUCUCGGCCGAGCAUUCUUCCAAGAAGCUUACGUGAUCGCCGACUACGAACGAAAAAAUUUCUCCGUCUCGCAAUGCAAAUGGGAUUCCUCGCCUCAGAGAAUCGUCACCAUUUCCCCGCCUUCAGACAGCCCCAACAAUCCCAAAUCCGAAUCAUCAGGUCUCCCAGUCGGAGCGAUUGCGGGUAUUGCAGCUGGUGGUGGUGUACUCCUUAUUGCUCUUGCUGUAGUACUGUAUUUCUGCUGGUGGAGACCUCGACAGCGGAAACGGAAGACGGCGGAAUUAGCAGCAAAUGAAAUUGCGGUGCAGAAUCCGCAGCAGCAAGAGUUCUUCAAGCCAGAGUUAGAUUCCAACGAGGUGAACAAUAAACCAGGGAUCCAGAUCCACGAAACAGAAGGAAGCAAGGUAUUUGCACCAGUUGAGAUUGGUACAAACCCAGAGAUUGUGUACGAGAUGCCAGCAAGGGAAGAAGUAGCGUCUGAAAUGACAGGUGCGAGCCAAAGAGGCGAUGAAGUUGCAGAUGAGAGGUAUUUAUAUGGAGGAAGAGGCGUAAGAAGAGGUGAUAGAACACCAGGAUCUGCGGCCACGAGCAGGCAGUCGAGUAUCAGUUCGGGAUGGGGAUCUCCACGGACCAUGCAUAGCGAGCUGGCUGGAGGGAGGGGAAGAGGUAGUUUCAAUGAGGCGAGUCCGGGGACGGAUACUCUGUCAAGUGUUAGUUCAGGCUGGGGAUCUACUAAUCGAACGAGUGGAAGUGAUAAUAUAAGUCCAGCAAGUCCAGGGCAAAUGAGGAGAGAGCAGAGAGGGAGUGGUUUACGAUAUCAGUAGACCAGGGGAGGGGUUCUUGUUAUACUUUGUGCUUUGGUUUUUGUAUAUAUCAGACUCUUGUAUGCUUUGUAAUUCCAUGAGAUUUCAUCCCCACACGACAGCUUCUACUUCUUUGCAAGUUCUAGGUUUCUCAAGUAGUCUUAAUAUAAUACUUCGGGGCUUUCGACAUCUGGUCAUGUCGCAGGAGCUCCGUCCAAAAGAUCCAAGAUCAAGAGUCCGAAAGAAAUGAGCGCAAGUCUCCGAUGAAUU